ACAUUAACCGGCGCGGUGCGUUCAGGGCUCUCAGUGAGUCCGACACUCCCCGCGGGGCAACAUGGCGACGACCGGCGCUCCCUCUGCGUGGCGCCGAGGCCGCGAGCUGCUCAGGUGCGCCGCGAGGCUCGAGCCCCCGACCAGGAGGUUUUCAGAGGGUGGCGACAAAGGCUGGUUCCGUUCCCUGUUUGUGCGCAAAGUCGAUGCCAGGAAAGAUGCCCACUCCAACCUGCUGUCAAAGAAGGAGACCAGCAACCUGUACAAAAUCCAAUUUCACAACGUCAAACCAGAGUGUCUGGAAGCGUACAACAGUCUGGAGGCUGAGGUGCAAAACAGGCUCCAUCAGGACCAGAAUUACCCCUGUGAGGUGGUGGGAAGCUGGAACACCUGGUACGGAGAGCAGGACCAAGCGGUGCACCUGUGGCGAUACAGAGGAGGCUACCCAGCGCUGACCGAGUGCCUGAGGAAGCUGAACAAAAACAAGGAGUAUGACGAGUUCCGGAAAGAGAGGGCUCAAAUGUUGGUUUCCAGGAGAAAUCAGCUCCUCCUGGAGUUCAGUUUCUGGAACGAACCGGCGCCGAGACCAGGUCCGAACGUCUAUGAAAUGCGAAGCUACAAACUCAAGCCGGGCACCAUGAUUGAAUGGGGAAACCACUGGGCGAGGGCCAUCAAGUACAGACAGGAGAACGGCGAGGCCGUGGGCGGGUUCUUCUCGCAGAUCGGCGACCUCUAUGUCGUUCACCACUUGUGGGCUUAUGGAAGCCUGCAGUCCCGGCAGGAGACCAGGAACUCCGCCUGGCUGAAGGAGGGCUGGGAUUCUAAUGUGUAUUACACAGUGCCUCUGAUCAGAAGCAUGGAGUCCAGAAUAAUGAUUCCCACCAAGAGUUCGCCUUUACAGUAAGAAGACGACCCCAAGCUGAGAACAUCUCUCUGAGAAAGCAAAAAAAACAACAUUAAAAUUUAAUUUGUUGUGUUAAUCUGCAGGAUAAUCUGUGUUAUAUUCAACGGUGUAAACAAAAACCCUUUAUUUUGUGGCAGCCAUACAGUAUUUGUGUUGAUUUGACAAUGAUGAUGAUGAUGAUGAACUGGCAAAAUGAAAUGCCUAAUGACAUGCAUUGCAUUACUUGUAUUUUAGGCUUUAAAUGUCAUCCUGAGUUAUGGUGAAGAAGUGGCGUGAUUAUUUUUCUCCUGGAUAUGAAUCACACUGAGUGAGAUCACGCUGACGCUUCACAGCCGUGGCUGCACGUAGACACAUGAUCGAAUGAAACAUGUCAGGACUCACUAGUUCACAAAUUCUCAAAUUCACAGAAAUGAUUUCGUAAAAAGCUUUGUGUAACUUCCGGUGUGCGGUGGUCAAUAUUUUGAAAUAAAACAACAGUUUGGUCAUUUUCCCAGGAACGAUGUUGAGAUUAUU